CUUAGUUCGCCACAGCUGAUGCGUUGUGGUACGCAGUACGUGGUACGCGGUACACUCGCUGGUGCAUCUGCAUCUGAAGGACCAGCAGCGUCCAUUUUGUUGGCGAAUAUCUGCCCCAUUCCCUGAAAAGAAUCUGAAAUUAAGUCAAAUAAUCCUAAAGUGUGGGCCUCAUAUGAAUUAUAAGUAUCAGCUAGUGACGUGUCUGUGUGUGUUUGUAAGUGUGUAAGUGACACUCAUACGUGCAGAUGAUACAAGACAGGUGUUUUGUGCACACGUUUCAAUAGUCUUUGAACACGUGUGACUAGCGAGAGAGAGUGAGAGACUUCACAUCUUCAAGGUAGCAACAAUGGUACGGACGCAAGGUCGUGUGGCGACUGCCCUUAGCCGGGCAUCCCGCGGCGGUGGGGCCACUACCAACGGCGUGGCUACCCUGGCACCAGUCCACCAACCCCACCCUUCUGCGCAUGUGCCCUCCCUGUCGGCCGUUCAAGGGACUACGUCAUACUUCGCUGCUUCUCAGUGUCGAUUCCUGCACACAACAGGUUGUAUUCUGGAGCAAAACACUUCUGACGUUGUUGGUGAAAUCCCCCGCGCUGGGGCUGCAGCCGCCCCUCCUCCACCCGCCGUAGAAGAAUUAAGUGCAGCUCUCAAAAUCUUGGAAAAUCUUGGAGCUCCCAAAACUCAGCAGGAUAUUAACCCAGAGAAAACUAUCACAGAAGAAACAUAUAUAAUCAGAGAGGAUGUCGCAAAGCCUGCUGCGGAAGCUGAAGCUGUGGCAGCUGCUGCAGCCCCUGAGGCUGAAGUACUUGUCGAGUCAAUGUCAACACCAGCUGCUGAAGUAGAGGCAGCUCCAGCUGCUGCAGCAGAAGCUGCACCAGCUGCUGAGGCAGAAGCAGCUCCAGCUGCUGAGGCAGAAGCAGCUCCAGCUGCUGAGGCAGAAGCUGCUCCAGCUGCCGAGGCAGAGGCUGCCCCAGCUGCUGAGGCAGAGGCUGCUCCAGCUGCUGAGGCAGAGGCUGCCCCAGCUGCUGAGGCAGCAGCAGUCCCAGCUGCUGAGGCUGAGGCUGCUCCAGCUGCUGAGGCUGAAGCAGCCCCAGCUGCUGAAGCUGAGGCUGCUCCAGCUGCUGAGGCCGAAGCAGCACCAGAUGCUGAGGCUGCUCCAGUUGCUGAGGUAGAGGCAGCCCCAGCUGCUGAGGCAGAAGCAGCACCAGCUGCUGAGGCAGAAGCAGCACCAGCUGCUGAGGCAGAAGCAGCACCAGCUGCUGAGGCAGAGGCUGCUCCAGCUGCUGAGGCAGAAGCAGCACCUGGUGCUGAGGCAGAAGCAGCACCAGCUGCUGAGGCAGAAGCAGCACCAGCUGCUGAGGCAGAGGCUGCUCCAGCUGCUGAGGCAGAGGCUGCUCCAGCUGCUGAGGCAGAAGCAGCUCCAGCUGCUGAGGCAGAGGCAGCUCCAGCUGCUGAGGCAGAAGCAGCCCCAGCUGCUGAGGCAGAAGCAGCACCAGCUGCUGAGGCAGAGGCUGCACCAGCUGCUGAGGCAGAGGCUGCACCAGCUGCUGAGGCAGAGGCAGCUCCAGUUGCCGAGGCAGAAGCUGCACCGGCUGAAGAAACCAAGGCAGAGGAACCAGCGCCAACGCUAUUCCAAAGAUUCAAGAGGCUAUUCUUCCGUAGCUAGUUGUACAAUCGAAAUAGGUGUCUAUUUUUUUAUCGUCAUAAACCAUCUGUAAUUUUUUUCCUCCGUGCAAUUCCUGUAGAUAUGACCUUGGAAUUCUUACUAAUCGCUAAGCUGUAGGUGUAGAAAAUACGUCAUCCCUGUUCGUAAGAUGUACUGAUUGCACUCUUGGGUAGAUUUAAGUCACUCUUGUAUAUUUGUUCUAUUUUACAAUUAAAGAUUUUACUAGAUAGUA